AUGGAGACAAUUGAUGCCCAUCUUCCUUUCCGUACGGGCGUCUUUACGUUGACUCUACCUUUAGCAUGCCGCCGCCGGGAGACGUCUGAUGAAGAUCGCCAUGUAAUUCCAGCUAGGAAAGAGCAGGAUCCACACCAUAGCUUGGAAGUCGAUCCUGGAAACAAGAGGGGGGAGACUAUCCGUGUCGCGGCGGAAGUGGCCCUUCAAAGCCGUGCGGAGAAUCGGGAAGUAUCACAUUUCCACACUGACCAGCCCGAUGCCGCAGACAAAGUCAAGGCAAGCAGAAGGGACCCCGAAAGCGGUGCAGAACACCAAUCGAAUGUACAAGUUUGCCCCGGCAGGACCAAUGCCUAUCAAUUCCUCCAAUCCACUGAUUUGAGGACACUGCAAGAGAAGGAGCUCCGCUACCAAAAUCUAUGCGCGCGAUACGACGAGUUUCAGAGGCGAUUGGAGCUUCACAAUGCGAAAAUGGCUCGCUUCAACGACGGAUGUAUCUCCCUUUUCACACCAACACUUGGCCCCACAAGUCAGUCGCGUAACGAUCUCCCGAAUCAUACCACCCAGAGACUUGCACAAAUGCAGCUGGGAAAUGAACUUCAUGUGGAGCCGGAAUGCGAGCCAGUGCUGCGCGUUCGUACUCCUCCCAAUGGUGGUUCAAGUCCAAUCUGGCUGCCUGAUCAUCACCCGUUUGAUUACUACAGUCCAAACCAACCCAUUCAAUAUCAAGACCGGAGGGAUGCCGCUACUUUUAUGCAAGAGUCCUACUGGCAGAGUCCCUACGAAUUCUGA